AUGCACUCCGUCAGCUCAGGGCACUCCCUCUCGGCAGCGGCCGUGCUGCUGCCGAGGACGCAGGGGGCGGGGGGGGGGGGCUCGCGAGACCUCGUGGGUUCCAAGCGGGAUUGGGACGCUAUCAGCACGAGCGCCGACAAAACUCACAAUCUAACUACUCGACAGGUUCAGCUUGGCAAGAAUGCCACGAUCCCCGAGGCCCCGUGCGCAGCACACUGUGAACCCAUGCUGCCAGAGGUCGUGCGAACAACUCGCGGUGUACUGCGCGGCGCCUUCGCUGCCCGUCUAUUCUCUGGUGAACUGUCGGCUUGCAAAUAG